CUGGGUAGUCAACUUUUUCCCCAAUUCGGCAGUAACGUGAAGGAGAAAGGGCGCGGCCAUGGGGGCCGAAACCCUAGAUCUCCCCGCCCCUCGACUUGAAACCCUAGCCACGGAUCGAUCCGAUGAGCAUGAUCUCUCCCCUUCUCGGCUAUUCGUAGACGCAAGACCCUUCCACGCGGGAGAUGGCGACGUGGAGAACCGCGCUCCCGCUCCUCCUCGUCGCCGCCCUGGUAACCGUGGAAGACAUGAUCUCGACGCCGUCGUGCGAGAUCUCCGGCCAAGCAGGCGGAGAUUCGAGCCACCCGGAUGGUCUCAAGGUGAUGAUGGUGGCUGAUCUUCUCUUGCAGGGAUCGGACGCGGGGUUCGCCGACGUCUACUUUAGGGAUCUCUUCAUAUCCAAAUUCUUCAAGAAAUCUUUUGAGAGGUUUAAGCCUGAUAUGCUUCUAGUAUUGGGUGAUAUUUCUGCAAGAGGAUCAGAGCUGACGAAGAGCAAGUGGUCAACUGUGCUGCAGCAGUUUGAGAGUAUGCUAGGUUCUUUUGUGGGGCUUCCUCUUCAUAUUGUUUUGGGUGACAGAGAUGUUGGGAAAUGCAAUAAGUUAGAUGAAAAGUUAGUUAGUCAGAUAGCAAGUCAUUUGCCAGAGCUGGACUCAGCUGGUUGCAGUGCUUUUGAGAUCGGCGACGUCAGUUUUGUUUCUCUUAAUGCUGUAGCUUUGCUUUGCAGCAACAAUGCAUUACGCCUCAGUGUCGAGAAGGCUAUAGAGAGAGGAAGUGUUGAUUUACGAACCCAAAUGAAGGAUGCAACAGGAGAAGCUGCUGAGCCUAAUGCGGAAAGAGCACGUUUCAGUUUUAUUCCCUGGAGAGAUAAUGACAUGGCAUCAGGUUCUGGACCUGUUCUUUUACUUCACUUUCCUCUUCACCGGAAAAUAAGAAGCAACAGCGGGAUGAUCAAAGUUGUUGAAGAAGAUCUUUGGCGUGAUAUUUCUGAGGAUUUAAGAAGCUCUGAAGAUAGGGACGUGGAUUUGGGACCAUGUGAGUUCAAGCAUACUCUUCCUCUAAAUGCAACUGAAUAUAUCUUUCAGGCUCUUAAGCCAAGGAUGGUGUUCAGUGCUCAUGCCCAUAGAUUUUGUGACCAUGAACAUAGUGAUGGGACACGUGAGGUGACCAUCCCAGCCAUGACAUGGGCUGCUAGAGGGAAGCCUGGAUUUGUUGUUGUCACUUUCGGACAGAACAAAGCAGUGACUGUGAACCAAUGUUCUGUGGCUACGGAAUCACAAGUAACGAUGGCUUAUAUGUUUAUAUUCAUCUUGUCAAUAGCAACAAUACUGGUGAUGAGGAUUCGAGGAAAGGAAAGAAGUUUGUAACAUGUUUAAACAUAUGUACUAUUUCAUCUUGAUAAAGAAAGAGUCCGAUCAGCACCUCAGAGUUCCCAUUUAAAGCAUCAAAAAGGAAGAUGAGGGAAUGUGAAAUUACUUGAGUUACUGAUGAAGAUAAUUUUUUCAUAAAUAGCAUCUAACUAUUCUGUGGUUGUGAAACUGGCUGAACUUUGAAACUGACUUUUGCAGUUGCUUCUCUCUCCUGGAUUCUAUUGCUGUGUCAAUGGUACACUAGUGUGGGAGAUGCAGGUGUGACUAAUUAUCUAGGCAAGGAAUCAAGAAUAUGAAGUCUGAAUGCCACUUUGUUGUCCGACUAAAAGUCUCUAUUUUUUGUCUUCUUCAUGCUGGACUGUGAGAAUUAGUCGAUCUUCCCUGCCACUCUACAGUAAUCAUUGAAUGGAAACUUUGUGAUUUAGUAUUCAGCAGGUGGGUUCUAAUACCGAGUUACUUUAUUUUAGGGUGUGGAUUCUCCUUGCAUGGCAAUUAUGAUAGCAGCUUCCAGCUUUUCAGCAACCAGCAAGGACUCUCCUGGAUUCAUUAUUUUGUUCUUUUCUUAUUUAAUUUGGCUCUGACUUGGGCAUUGUCAGAUCGAAUGGCCCUCUUCACGAGAGAUUCUAGGUGAUAACGGCAUUAGUGAUGUAAACAUGUCCUUCAUCAAAGAAAAAGUUGCCGAAGGAGUGUUGUGGGAAGACUGGUUGAAAAUGGAGAAUAGGAUGUGUUGAGAUAUUGAUGUUUGGCUUGUUCUUGCCUUUUUUCGGGUUGCUUCAAAGAAAGUGACGUUCCAUGUACAACAUAGCCGAGUGUAUAAAUUGGGCCGUUGGGCCUCUCUAUGCUUCAGGCUGUUCGGGGUUAGCAUUCACGGGCUCUUUGAAUUGCCAUCCAGCUCACAACUAAGAAAAAUGAAGCUGAUCGCUUAUGCUUUGCUGGUAUAUAUAAUUCUUUGGUCUCUGAUCUUUGAAGCAUCUAGCUUAACGUUCACUGUCUUGGUAUCGGAUUUUGUAUUGGUGCCAUACUAGCACAGUGUCUGAUUCGGGCCGGCAUGGCGAAUCAUGAUCUAGUUAUUGAGUUAUCCAAAGGAUCAAGUAACCAGGCAUAGCCUUAAUGUUCAUGCUUCAAAUUUCCUGAGUUUACUUGCCUAUAUUGUUUAGAGUUUUGUCAGAGAGCUAGAGAACCGUCUGAGUCAAGGUAUUUUCACCUCGUACAUCUGACACGAAAUACCCUUCUUUAAUCUUAUUUACCGAUUUUCGAAAAUUAAAAUGGCUUUC